GACACUAGGAGGCAAGCAGGUGUGGCUAAACAUAAGGCAAAUAUAGAAUUGUAGUUUUCCUCACCGCCACACUGUUAGUCAGGUCAAUGGAACUUUUCACACACGAUAACUUCAUAGUCUGGCCUCCAGCAGCGGAUGGCAACGGAUGAAAGACGAAUGUAAAGGAAGAAGCGAUAUGAACUGUGAAGCAAACGCGUUAUUGGUGUACUGUCGCUUCUAUCCCUUUAAGGCAUUGAAGCUAUAGGGAAAACAAGAGGGAGAGGAAGAUUUAUCAUCCUUGACCAUAACAUGUACUGGGUACUUGAGUCUCUACCAAUAUUUCUUAACCGCACUGAAAUUGCCUAUAAUUCAUUGUGAAGUGAGUCUAAAAGUAAACAUCGGAGCCAUAAAUCAAACUUACCAUUUCCUCAUGAAUAAAACACUUGGUAACACUUAUUUAGUUAGGAAAAUAUAAGUAAUUGAUGUUUACAGGGAUGGUUAUCGGAAUGGUCCCUGUAAUAAACAAACCCGAGCAGGACAGAGGGAGGGAAGGAAGGGAGGGAAGGUGUGUGUGUGGUUCAUUACUUCAACUGAACCAGCCCUCCUGUCCCAGCCUGGCCAGAUGAGCUAAGGAUACAGCCACCAUGCCGCUGCGGAAGCUGUUUUGGGGCCGCAGCUCCAAGUCAUUCCCAGUGAAGAUUGUGACUCUUGAUGCCGAGCUUGAGUUCAGCCUGCCCUGGCGAGCCACAGGCCGGGAGCUCUUUGAGCUGGUGAGCCGCACCAUUGGCCUGCGGGAGACCUGGUACUUUGGCCUGCAGUAUGAGGACUCCAAGAACAAUUUUGCUUGGCUCAAGAUGGAGAAGAAGGUGCAGGACCAGGACAUCCCCAGGCGCUCUCCAGUGCCAUUUGUCUUCCUGGCAAAGUUUUACCCCGAGGACGUGAGUGAGGAGCUGGUGCAGGAGGUGACUCAGCACCUCUUCUUCCUGCAGGUCAAACAGUCCAUCCUCAGCAUGGACAUCUACUGCCCGCCCGAGAUGUCCGUCCUGCUCGCCUCGUACGCCGUCCAGGCCAAGUUUGGUGACUAUGACCCAGCCACUUACCAGAGCGGGGCCCUGGCCAUGGAGGAGCUGCUGCCUCAGAGGGUCAUCAACCAGUACCAGAUGACGCCAGAGAUGUGGGAGGAGCGAAUCCGGAUCUGGUACGCCGACCACCAGGGAAUGACACGGGAUGAGGCAGAGAUGGAGUACCUGAAGAUAGCACAGGAUCUCGGCAUGUAUGGAGUCAACUACUUCAACAUCACCAACAAGAAGCAGACUGAACUGUGGCUAGGCGUCACUGCAUUGGGCCUUAAUGUGUAUGAGAGUGAGAACAAACUGGAGCCAAAAAUCAGCUUCCCUUGGUCAGAAAUUCGCAACAUCAGCGUCGACGAUCGAAAGUUUACCAUUCGGCCGACAGACAAGACGGCUCCCAACUUUGUCUUCUUUUCCAAAACCCGAAUGAACAAACUCAUCCUGGACUUGAGUAUUGGCAACCACGACUUGUUCAAGAGGAGACGGAAGCCGGACACGAUAGAGGUGCAGCAGAUGAAGGCAGCGGCAAGGGAGGAGAAGAGACGGAGACAGAUUGAGAAGGACAAGUUGGCGCGAGAGAAACAUUUGCGGGAGGAGGUGGAGCGUCAGAAGGCAGAGUUGGAGCAGCGUCUCUAUCAGUACCAGGAUGAGAUGCGGGCUGCCAACGACGCACUUAGAAGGUCAGAAGAGACUGCUGAGCUACUGGUGGAAAAGUCUCGCAUUGCUGAGGAGGAGAGUAUGUUGCUGACUCAGAAGGCUACAGAGGCGGAGCAGGAGUGUCAGCGUGCCCACAUCAUCUCCGCCAAGACGCAGGAGGAGAAGAUAGUAAUGGAGCAGAAGGUGAGGGAGGCAGAGAUGCUGGUGUCAACGUUGGUGGAGGAGGGGGAGCGGCGGGCCACGGAGGCAGAGAGGCUGCAGCAGGAACUGAUCCGUGCACGCAUUGCUGAGAAACAAGCCAAGGAGAAACUGGGCACCUUCAUCCAGAGCAUCAAUGGUUCCAUCAGUCACUCUGUCAUCAACUCCACCGCACUCAAUGCCUCUCUCCUCAACGCCUCGCACUCCCUCCUCAACUCCUCCACGCCGCACCUCCCCGCCUCCACCUCUAUCUCCCAUGGUCUAUCGGGAAGCACCAGUCACCACCACAUGGCCAUCGGAUCAACAGGGGACCUUCCUGAUCUCACCCUUGGAGGAAGCACAGACGCCCUGGAGCCCUCAUACACGCGGCCUCCUGAUCUCACGUCCCUGGACCUCCUCAAUGACACAGACGUUGACCAGCUCAGCCUAGAGAUUGAAAAGGAGCGGGGAGAGUACCUGGAACGCUCUCGCCACCUCCAGCAGCAGCUACAGCACCUCAAGUCAGAGAUUGAGGUGCUGAAGGUGGAGGAGAACCAGACAGUCCUGGAUGCCGUGUACCAUGAGCAGCUACGUUCCGGGGAGACCAAGUACUCCACACUGCGCCGCACUCGUUCCGGCACCACCAAGACUCGAGUGGCGUUCUUCGAGGAGCUCUAGUUUUCAUAGCUCCGUCCUCACCACCACUGUGCCUGUGUCCCUCUUUGAUAGAGAUAGACAUGGUGUUUUUAGAUUAUGAGCGCCUUUAUCACUCAUCAGCAUUGUCUCGUGUCCCAGAGCUUAUAUUUUGCUUGCUCCUGGUAUGUGUCUCAUUAUUUUUACUCAUCCGCCUGACAGAUUCAUGGCCCAGAGUCAUGUGCGACAUUUCAUUGUUCUUUGUUGAUAUGCUUUAAGUAUGCAUGCUCUUCUUUUAUGGUAAUUUAAAGUCAUUCGUUUCAUUGUAUUAGUCAUCAGCAGCUUCUUAGAUUAUUGAUAUUUUUCUGCACAAAUCUUUAAGUAGUAUCAGCUUUUAUUUUAUUUCGGCUUUUAUAUGAUACUUUUCAAUACUUCAUUCCUCCACAAACUCAGUGUUUCCUUUCAUAUUCAAGAUCUGAUUUUAAUCUCUGUUAUUGUCCUUUUUCAUUUUCUCUGCCUUUUCUUAACAAACCAUCUUUAACUCAAUCUUCAUAACAGCUUUGUUCCUUCUCUUGUAUUACUUUUGCUUUCUUUGUCUGCAAAAUUUUAUUUGUCUUCGUGACAAACUUUAUCCUUUUAUGCACUUUUUGCUUAACUGCUUUCUUCUACUUUUUCAUGUGACGGUUAGCCUUUGAUUCACUGAUGGUGAUUUGUAAAUAUGCUACAGUCUCCUAGUCUUGUGUGAUCUCAUAACCAGAAUUUGGUCCUUCAGAUCAAUGUGGUAAUGAUGCUCUGAGUGGGGCAUGAUGUGGUAGAAUGUGUUGGAUUAUGUUUGACUUCCCAGUGGCUCUUUUCCAUACUUAAUACUUGUAUAUCUGAUGUGGUCCUAUAACUGUUAGUAUUCAGACACCGACAUCAAAUUUCCUCCCAUUGAAUCAAGGGUUAACUCUCUCUUUGUAUGAUGUAUGUCUUGACGUAUGGCUGCUCUUCACACUAUGCUUUAGUUUAGUCCCAGGUGCUGGAAAGGAGUGGUGCCAACACCAGUGGGACUGAGCCUGUGUUUGGUGUGUCCUGCCUUGCUGCUUGCUUCUUCCAGCCCAACCGGCACUUCCUUCAGGUCCACACACCUGCCUUGCUUCUCAGGUCCUAUGCCUAACCCGCCUGUUUGAUUAUUUCACUAUGUAUUCCUGCAGCCAUUAGGUAUUUUACAGCACUAGACUUUUUAUAUAAGGGAACAUACUCAAGGUAUUUUUAGCUGCUUCGAGUUGGGAAGUCACAAUGUCUAAGAAGAAAGCAGUGUUUCAUGUUUAUCUUAAGAAAACACCUGUGUCAGAGCCCAAGCCAAGCUGGUGCAGUAUGAAGUAGGCAUCUUUUACUUAAACUUAAGCUUUAAAAUUGUAAACUAUAUACUUACCACCACUGUUUUGAAAUAUUGGAACACACUUCAAACAGUUCCAGCUUCAUUGUUGUACUUGGGACUGUCACCAACAUAUCAUUGAUAGAGGAAAGAGUUCAGCUGCAUCAGACUGAGAAGAUCUAUGUAGUCUAUCACCAGAGAUAAAUGGUUAUAAACAAACAUUUGCAUUUCCAGUAGCUUCUCAUUAAACUGUUCAUUGCUCACUACAAAUGAGAGCAACCAGUGUCAGUUUUGAUACUGAAAUAUCUAUCUUCUUAGCCUGAAUUGCAUUCCCGAUAUACACGUGUCUUUAACUUUUACCAUUACUAGGUGCUUAGUAUUUAAAGUAUUAUUCAUUGACAAAUGAGCUCAUUGCAUUAUGAACCAUGUAUGUAUGAAUGUAUAUAUAUGUAUGUGUAUUAGCCACCCAGUGCCUUCCUAUUCUCUCGUGUGGAAUCAGUGCGGCCUGUGCCCCGACUCCUUCACUGUGGUAAUGACGCUGCAGACACCUGCCCCUUCGGCCUCCAGGGCCAGGUGCUGCCCUCCCCUGCUCUGGUGUUUGGGUGGUGAUGGUAGUGUUCAUUGACAGUAAUCAUUGCUGGACACGUCAUGACAUUUCUUGCAUUCAUUAAUAAGGAAUCACAUUUCCAUGAUUUUAAAUGAGAUGCAGAGUAGCACAAAGAUUUAUGUUAAAUUUCUUGACUGCUGGGAACCUGAUAAAAGCUGGACCAAGUGCCACUUUUAUUGACAUUAGUUUGUCAUUGGCUGUGGUAAAUACCAUUCACAUCUGUUGUUGUUGCAUAAAGACACUACUAUACUGUAAUGAGUCACUGCUCCUCCUCGGAGGAAAGCACAACAUGGUCAGAUUAUCACCGUGGAUCCUGAGUCACAAAUACAGUUUAAGAAUGAUUGUGUGCCAAAGACAUUGUCCUAAGGAUACUUAAUUUAUUGACAAUUUAAUAUUUACCUUAAAAUGUUGCUGGUAUUCAUCAUACAUUCAGAGAUUUUGGGCACAAUUUAUCAGAAAUGAACCAGUGUGCUGGAGGUGACAAUCUAAGUGUUAAGAUAAAUUGAUGUUUUUCAAGGCUUAAGGUGAAGCUAGGUUUGCACACGUAAUGAAGGAACGCUUGCCCUGCUUAGGUGUUAGUGUUAAUGUUUUGGGAAACUGCAGCCAGUGUGAACACAUUAUGUACUGCUUGAUGGCUGAGAAGUUGUGAUGAAAUCAGUAUACAUAGUACAUGUAGCUUUGAGGAAAUGGUGUUGCAAAUAUGUAGGAGUGUUAAUGAAGCUUUCACAAAUUUAUCUUCUACACAUUGUAUAUUUUGUGUAUGUAUGACAAGCAUGUGGACAUUGUGGUGAGGAGGGAGAAGGAUGAAGCAGCAGCACUUCAUUACUCUUGUUGCAGCUGUUGCUUUCUUCUUGGGGAACAUAGCCAUUAAUGCAUCUCACUGGGGUACUUGACGGCUCAGGUCAUCUGCUGAUUGGCUGUUGUUUCCUACCUGUGGCUUUAACUGACCCAGGAGAGACGGCAGCCAGUCAGCAGGGUGAGCACACAGACAGUCACUCAGAGGACCUUCAUGAGUUGCUACUGUCCAGGGAAAGCAAGAGUUGAAAUGUUAGGGUAGAAGCCUUCUGCGCCAUCGCUUGCCUCUUCUCCCCACUGAAUUCCACUCUUUAUAUUGACAGACAAGCCCCAUUGAUAUAUUGUAUCUUGGCUUAAGGUAUAUAUGUUAUAGCAUCGCCCAAGUGGUUGUUACGUCAACCCCUUCACAUUGGCAGCACCUCACGUUAGGAACAAUUACUGUGUUGCUGUAAAUAUAAACAUGUGUAUAUAGAUUUCCCAUUUAUUUUUUAAAGUAUCUGCCAAAUACUCGUACAUUGCUGGUGACUGUAGUUGAGAGAUCUGGCAGGAGGCAACAGUUUGUAUACUGUUGUUUGGUCUGUGCUCUUUCCUGUGUUGUUAUACCUGCUGCUAAGUCAGAUGUGAAAGUGGUGUUGUCUGAGUCAGCUCAUUGUAGCCUUAAGUGACAUUGUGAUAGUCCUUGAAAGGUUAAUGUGACAAGAGCAGUGUCUCACCUGUGCCUUCUAAAAUGGACUUUCCUCAAGCUGCCAAAGAUCUACAUCAACUACAUGACCCCAGGCAAGCACUCUCGCUUCCUGGGUUGUCAAGAUAGCCUAAGGAAGGAGGAAAUGUUCUUGUUUAAUAUUUUACAUAUAUAAAUAAAAAUGGAGUCAAA